AUGUCCACCCACCACGGGGCUGCGGCCACGCAAGGCAAUGGCGCUUCGGCCAGAAGCAGGGAGACUGACUUGCGGGCACUGGUCCAACUGCAACCCUUGCUGGACAAGAGGACCAAGUAUGUUCGGAUCACCUCAACAACUCAAGCUGAAGAAAAGCCAGAGCGCCCAGUGUCCCAGGAAGAGGAGGAGGAAGUGCGGGUUCUGCCGCUUCCCCUGCAGGCCCACCAUGCGAUGGAGAAGAUGGAGGAGUUCGUGUACAAGGUGUGGGAGGGCAGCUGGCGGGUCAUCCCGUACGACACGCUUCCCGAUUGGCUGAAGGACAAUGACUACCUGCUCCAUGGCCACCGACCACCCAUGCCCUCCUUUCGCGCGUGCUUUAAGAGCAUCUUCCGCAUCCACACCGAGACCGGCAACAUCUGGACCCAUCUCCUGGGCUUGGUGCUGUUUCUCUUUUUGGGAAUCCUGACCAUGCUCAGACCAAACAUGUACUUCAUGGCCCCUCUGCAGGAGAAAGUGGUGUUUGGGAUGUUCUUUCUGGGGGCAGUGCUCUGCCUCAACUUUUCCUGGCUCUUCCACACCGUCUGCUGUCAUUCAGAGAAAGUCUCCCAGACGUUUUCCAAGCUGGACUAUUCCGGGAUUGCUCUGCUCAUUAUGGGGAGCUUUGUCCCCUGGCUCUAUUACUGUUUCUACUGCUCCCCAAAGACUCGUCUGGUCUACCUCUCCAUCGUCUGCGUGCUGGGCAUUUCUGCCAUCGUCGUGGCGCAGUGGGACAGGUUCGCCACCCCUAAGCACCGAAAGACCAGAGCAGGAGUGUUCCUGGGCCUCGGCUUGAGCGGUGUGGUGCCCACCAUGCACUUCACCAUCGCGGAGGGCUUUGUCAAGGCCGUCACGGUGGGCCGGAUGGGCUGGUUCUUUCUCAUGGCUUUUAUGUACAUCACGGGAGCCUGCCUUUAUGCUGCUCGGAUUCCUGAGCGCUUCUUUCCGGGAAAAUUUGACCUAUGGUUCCAGUCUCAUCAGAUUUUCCACGUGCUGGUGGUGGUAGCUACUUUGGUCCACUUCUACGUGGUCUCCAGCCUUCAGGAAUUCCGUUACAGCCUAGCAGGUGGCUGUACCGAUGACACCCUUCUCUGA